GUGAUAAGCCUCUUAAAUUUCUCUUAACUACAAAUAUAUGUUAAAAAAAAAGAAAGAUUUUCAAUUUUUUUUGUAGUUUAUUACACUUUUUUGCAAUUGAUGUAAUUACUGUGCACUUAAUGCAAACAUAUUAUUAAAAUUUGGGCUGUAAUGGUUGUAUUGAUGUAUAGCAGCUUGAAAUGCUCCCACAAAUGGCUCCACAGCAUGUAAAGAUAUAAAGAUAAGCUCUGGAGGACUUGGUUCUGUGGUGGGUCAUAAAGGGUUAAAAUCACUCACGGACCGUCGCUGAGAGCAGGAACGUGUGUCCACGUCUGUGUCCACGAUGAGCAGCACCACAGUGUCCUCCAGCUAUUCAGCACAUCUGGACAAAACAGGACAGAUCAUGUGUUUGAGAAGAUGUUUUCUGUGAAGCAAACUGUUGGAUGGAAGUGAAAACAAACCUUUGUGUGUGAUGGCUGCAGGACGGCGUGGACUCCUUGUCCACAGGAACAGAGACGUGCUGUGGAAACGUCUUACAUCGGGACUUGUCCGGGGUUGAACGUGCACUUACACUUCCUCACACUGACACAGAGGGGUGCGUCGGGUUUUUUAACCGUCACAUACUGACAUCGUUUAGGCUCCGCCCACAUUUAUAAACAGUAAGAAGGUCGGCACUGAAGCGUUUGUGACCCAACAAGUGCAAAAUGUGUCGUCACAGACAGCGGCUCCUGCGUCGUCCUCUUCCUCACUCUGUGGUGCAUGCUCCUAACAUCUGUGGGUUCUCUCUGAACUCGGGCUGAGCUCGGCUAAAAGCCUGUUUAACACAGGACGUUACAUCCUAGUCUUCCUCACCUCCCUGCUCUCCUUCAUCAGUGUCAGGUGUUUUUAAAGGUCACUGAAGCUGGGAACACUUUAAUGCAGCCUGUGAGAGCGUAGUUCCCUUGUAACUAAAGGUUUCAGUGUAAUCUGUUAUAUUUACAUACAGAUACUUUCAGUGUAUUUAGUCGAGUAUUUCCACAUCUGCGUACGCUGUGACGUGUGUUAUGGAUUAUUAUGGAGUGGAUUAUAUUUAUAUCCGCACUUGCUUUGAUGUGCAUGAUGCUAAAGGUUAAAGGUUAAAGGUUGAUCCACUCCAGAUUUCGGGCAGCUACUGCCAGUACUGCAGUACUUUAAUGUACUUUCAGUACAAUUACUUUUCUGUUUGCUGUACAGCCUCAUGACCUUUGAGUAUGUGUAGGUAAUUACAGUGUAAUUACAGGCGUUAGGCCUGAGUCGUUACUGAGAAUGUUGCGCAGCGGCGGCGGCGCAGAGCUUCAGGUUAGCCUGAGUGUGAGCCGAGCUCAGCUCUGACGAGCUCUCUGAUUGGUGGGUUCUGGGUUCUCUGCACGAUCUCUGCUGUUCAUCCAUAACAAGUUCUCACGUCGGUGUUUUCUUUCGUUUACUCACCUUUCCUUUUCCUCCCGUCUCCUCAGCUCCUCCUCCAAAACGCUUCAAAUUUCUCCGCAGUAAAAGUCAAGACAAGAUCAUCCCCUCUUCCUCCUCCUCCCUGUCGCCGACCUCAUCCUCCCCCAUCACCCGCCGCCCCUCCCUCUCUCUCACCAGACGACUGCGAUUUUGGUCCUCCGCCGACCUCACAGCCGACCUCAUCGCUAGCCAGCCAAUCCUAGCCAACGGAGAUUUCUAACAUCCUCAUCAUCAUCCUCAUCCUUUGUGCCCACUGACACCAUCCUCAUCAUCACAGUCAUCAGUGUGACACACGCGCGCGCACACACACACACACACACACACACACCUCUGACACUAAAACAUUAAAGACAACCUCGAGCAGCCCCGUGUUUCUGGACAGUGUUAUUAGUUUGGCGGACAGGAGCCGGGGCGUUUAUCACAGCAGCACGCCAGGAGGAAGCAGCGAAAGCAUGAACGGAGAAGAUGCACAGGGACCAGGUCAGACCCAUAAAAUCCAUCUGAGCUCCACUCCGAGCCAUCCAUCGUCUUCGCUGGGCUUCACCGGCAGCUCCGCCUCCAGGCUGGGCCAGAUCGCCGUGCGCAGGCCCAGAGGCCCGUUACUGGACGAAGACUCGCGCCACAACGCCUCGGACCCGGCGUUCAGAGGUCGCCCGGGGUCGGCCGACUUCAGCCACAACACGUCCAGCUCCAACUCACCUGUGAGCUGCAGAGAUUUCUCAGAACGCCAGGGCCGCUCUGCCAGCCUCUCCAGUGACGACGUCACAGGUCUCAGCCAAUCACAGCUGACCCUGUCGCGAAGCUCCACCCUUCCAUAUGACCACGCACCCCAGAGGGCCCAGCCACAGCGUGGAGGCGGGGUCAGAAGCAAGACCCGCCCUGCUUCUCCUGGGAGUGAGAUGGUGACGCUGGAAGAGUUCCUGCAGGAGAGCAACCUGCAGUCUCCUCCUGUGGUGUCCACAGGAAGCAGAGAGGACCUGGUGACGGACUAUUUUGCUAGAAGCCCCGCCCCCUCAGCUGUUGCCUGCAGCGAUCAGGCGACGCCCACCAACUACGUCACGCCCACCGUGCAGUCGUCCAAUCAGAGGCCGGGACAGAGUGUGAAGCCCUCGCCCCGUCAGCCCGUGGGCCAGUCGCCGGCCUCGGCUCAGAGAAGCAGCCAAUCACUGAGCAGGACCUUCAGCCUGGCCUCGGCCGACCUGCUGCGCUCCAACGGGCCGGACAGCUUCAGAGGACACGACGUCUCCCCCGGCCAGGCCGACGCCGUGAUGCGCCGUCAAGGAGGUGGGACCACUGGGAGAGAGCGGCCGCUGUCGGCUCGUUUUACCGCUCUGUCCAACCAGCACGCAGAUGGCAGCUUCCUGAACCCGCCCAUCCACCACUCCGCCUCCCUGAACCUGCAGGCGGAGCGCUACGCGGAGCGAGAGCGGGACCGAGGGUGGAGCGCCACCUCCCGAAACGGCCCUCACCGUGGAGAAAUUGCCAUGGUAACCCCAGUGAGAGCGACGCCUGCCGCGCAGCCUGACGACACCCCCGAGUACGCAGAGGUCCCGAGGGAGGGGCGGUUGGGCGACUCCACCCACACGAAGAAGGAUGGCGAGAGUGGGAGGUGUGGCUCUGUGGAACGCCCAAAGAGUACGCCGGCGUCACCUGACCCCAACAACGACCCGCAGACGGUGUGGUACGAGUACGGCUGCGUCUAAAUACCGGAGCACCACGCCCUGCAUCCAGCCUCAGAGACAGGAAGUGAGACUGAAGCAACGCCACCCUUUCACUUCCUGUUAGUAAAUAAGUGGACAGGUGAGGCAGUCACAUGAUCAUCUCUCUGCGGUGGAUGCAGGACUGGAUGGAGCCGAGUUUUUGCUGAUGCCAUGACACUACCAGCGCUCCCCACAGGGGGGCGGGGCUUACCGGAGCGGGACGUUUCCUGAAAACAUCUUUUUUGGAAUCUAUAGUGACGCCAAGCUGACGCUCCGUCUCUAACACACAGAGAAGACGCUGCUCCAUCACCUCCACCCUGCAGCCACCAAAACACAACACUACGAGCGGCCCUGUCUAACUGCUGGACUCUGCAGGACCGCCGCCUGAAUGUACGGGACGCCACAUUCCCCGCCUCCAACAUCACGCCAUACACUGGAAAAGACACAGGAAGGGGGGUGGGGGGAUAAACAGGACAGGCGGAGAGCCUCCUCCCUUUUAAAUUACAGCCCUGCUCCAUCCAUCUUUAGAUUCUAUCCCAGCAUGCAACGCUCUGACACUUUACUGGAAAUGUUGCUCAACCCAAGCCAACACUAGACACACACACACACACACACAGAUAGAUAUAAUGAUAGAGACACAGGCUUUGUCUUCGGGGGGGUUUCUGUGGCUUCUCUGCCUGCUCAGCUGGGUUUAAUUCAAACACUCACACACACAGACACACACACAGACACACACUGAGGUUUGGAGUCUGUGGCUGACAGUAAAAUCAUUUACGUGUUUCCUCUGAGCUGUAAAAGCCACUGUUUGGUGUUUGUGUGAAUUAUAGAUGGAACACACACACACACACAGAAACUCACACACACCUCAUUCCCGGAUUCACGCUAGUUUGCUUAAUUGGUGAUUGUCUGUUUGUCUCAGAGGUCACGUGAAUGAUUUUAGUGUUUUUCCCUCUGGCUGAGCUCACAGACACUUCGGAGAGGAAGAGGAGGCACAAUGACUGAAGGUGUGUCUCACACACAGCUGAUGAUAUUUAAUGACUGACCUUUGACCUGCUGUUUCAAAGCACUACAUUAACGAUGAUGAUGAUGGUAGAGAUGAAGAUGUAACACUGGAGUUAUGAAAUGAAGACUGAGCUGAUAUGAGUUAAAUUAUUCCUCCUGGAAUUUGUAUGUGUUUGAUGAUUUUUUUUUUUUUACUUUACUUUGAAAAUACCAAAUGACUUCCUGUGUGUGUGGCGGCGCUGCAGGUCGAUGAUGUCAUGUUACCUGUGCGUUUGCUCUGUUUGUGUUUGCUGUAAAGUCGACCUGUUCUGCUGGUUACUGCUGCACCUAUGAGAGUGGCUGAGCAUAAGUCUCAGCUCAGAAUAAUGCUUCUGUGUCUGAGCUCUGUCUGAAUCAGGCUGCUUUAGCUCCUCCCUCUGCAAGGGAGGAUUCAUACAUACACAUCAUGCUCAUUUCUCAGCAGCCAAUUAAAUCCUCCGGCUUCAUCACGAGCCAAUCAGAUCACAUUAUAAGAAUAUCUGAGAGCGAGCGAGCUGGCUGUUAGAAAACUUUAUUCUGAUUGGCUGCCCCUCACAAACAGUUUUAAUGCAGGUGGGUGGGGCCUCUGUGACACCUUUGUGACAUCACUUAGAUCACCUGUGCAUGCAGCAGGUGGGUGACGUUAAGAACAGUUCGACUUUACGGUCUCUUACUUCUUCCUGACUUCCUGUGUGCUCGCCGCGAAGCGUCAUCUUUCAUUAGGAGGAGGAAGUGAAAGAGGAAGUGGCGGCGUCAAUGACGUUCCUGCUGUAACUGGAUUUGCUGUAGUUCACUUUAAGACGAUUUCUGCUGCGGUCGCUGCAGACGCGCUCAGAGGCUGAGAGCAGAAACGCGUCAAAGCUUUUUGCUAAUAAAGAUUUUUAACCUUUGACCUCUGUCACACUCGUCACACCUGAACAGACACACACAGCAUCAUUGGCAACACAGCGCUCAGGAAAGUUUGCUUCCUGUGACGUAUUCCCUCUUAAAGGUAGAGCCUGACGGUUGAGGUUGCGUCAGGAGCGUGAGGUAACAGGUAGUCGUCUCAUCAGCCACGCACUCGUAGACGCUGUUGGACGAGCUGGGAUCGAUCCACUCACCACCUGAUGGGAACACCACCCGUUCUUCCACCUGAGCUCUUGCUGCUCAACGCUAAUUAAAGCUGUGAGAUCGUCUGAGUGGACAGGUAUGCAGAGGAGGCUCCUCCCCCCUGUAGAGUGCGCCUGUGGCUGAUGACCUCUGAGUUCCUCGAAUCAAGACACUUUCAUUU